AUGGCUCCAACGAAGACGAUAGGCGAGCAAAUGGCCGCUCUAAACACCUCCGACGACACCUCGUUCGCCGAUCGAUCGAAUAGUCUUCUGAAUGCGACGUGUCCGGCGCGGAUUCAAAAUAAUUCAAGUGCCAACUUGUCGUUCGCCGCUCCGUCUGCCGCGGACACAUCGAUGACGUCAUCAGUCGGGAAAUGGCGUCCGAAGCGGGAACCAUUGAAAAUUACACCUCUGGAGCAGAUUGACGAGAAUACGCCGGCGAGAAAAUAUGUUCCAGCGGCGUCUUCUAUAGAUAAACGCCCCAGCGACUACAAAACGCGCCUUUGUGAUUCGUAUCGUCGAUCGGGAUGGUGUCCGUACAACACUAAUUGCACAUAUGCACAUGGAGACAAGGAAUUACAGAUUCCGAAACGACGUCUUCCAUUAGAAUACACGACGUCGUCAUUGUCAACGUCUUCUAAACAUCGUGAUUCUCGAGACUCUCGAGACAACUACCGUAGACACAGUCGUGAACGUCGGAACAGUUCGAAACGAGGAGGCGAUGAAUUUGAAAUUUCGUUCAGAGGAGGAGGAGGAGGAGCAUCAUCUGGAUCAACGUCUACUUCUAGAUAUCGAUCGAAUGAUGAUUCCUCCCGCUAUGGAAACGAUCGUUGCUGUUCGUCGUCGUCGAACAAUCACUACAAUUCGAAUAACUCUCAUCAUCAUCAUCAUAGUCAUCGACCGAUUUGUCACGCGUUUCAGCGAGGAAAUUGCAGAUAUGGACCGAGAUGCCGCUACCUGCACCAAGAGCAACUUCCCCAAUUCAAUGGGAACGCCACAAUGUACGCCUGCCCACCAUCGGAUUCCAUCUACUAUCACGCCCAUCAUCAGAACACUCAUACCUAUCUAAUGCCAUAUUUCAUUCCCCAACAAGGAGCCCCACCCCCUCAGCAAUACGUGGAUUUGAAUCAAUCCAUGCAAACUAUUCAAUAUCUUCCCCCACAAGCGCCGCCCACAUACUUCGUCCCGCCUCCUCAACAAGUUGCCCUGGAUCAAUCGAUUGUCUACGCCCCGCCCACUGAUCAAGUCUAUUCCCAACCACCACCACCACCUCAACCACUUAUGUCUUGA